UAGUGCUCGCAGUGAAUAUCGGAACGCAACCUAUGAUGAUUUUGCUAAUGUGCUGCUUAACGAUACCGAACGAGAAGCUGGAUCCUAUAAUAUCCUAACCUAAAUUAGGUUAUGUUUUCAUAGAAAUGACCGAGUGUACAUCAAAGCUGUAAAAUGCUCAUUAUGUUUGACGCAAAAUACACCUACAGGGUGAUCCAACAAGAGGGGCAGGAUUUUAAUUUGGUGCCGUUUUCGUCAUGUGCACUGCAGUGUCGCAAUUCUUCAGUGUCGUCUACUGUAUUCUAGAAGUUAGGAAAUAUCGAAAUGGACCGUUAUAUGCAGUGCAGAAACAUUGUGGUUCCGAAAAUGAGGCUGGAAAAGUUGUCACUGUCAAUGUUGAACGAUAUCGCGACAUAAUCUCCAACUCCUUAUGGCUAAAACUAAGUGACUUUGACGUGAGUGGCAUGUGGUUUCAACAGGAUGGCAUGACAUAUCAUACAGCUCGUGAAACCAUGCAGUUAUUGCAUGAGAAAUUUCCUUGCGUUAUUUCGCAGAAUGAUGACAUCACUGGCUCUCAAGAUCUUGCGACUUGAUGUCUCUGGAUUAUUCUCUUUUGUGUUAGUUGAAGGAGAGAGUUUACGCCGAUCUUGAAACUACGGAAUGCUUAAAGGAAAAUAUUCGACGAGAAAUUGAUGAAAUUCAACCUUUUAUGUUGCAAAAAAUUGUUGAAAACUUUACUAACGAGUAGUAAUUUGUAAUAAAAAAGUAGAGGCGGUCAUUUAUACGAUGUUGUUUUUCAUACGUAAUUCCCAUUCCUAACGAACACAUUGGUAUAAUAAAAAUGAUAAUUUACAGAUAAUUUCGUUGUUUCAUUUACAAAACAAAUCUUGUACUUCUAGUUCUGGAUCAUCCUGUACAUAUCUU